UAGUCUUCGAAUGCAGUGGAGAAGCAGACAACUGACUGAAAAGAGCAUCACAGACUCGCCAGGUUGGGUGAUUCACAUCACCCCAGCAUUUACAAAAGAGGUCCUUUUCCAUCCAUUGCUAUUGAGGUGUUGCUAUGGAGUUUCUUUUGCCUUUUCUGCUGUUGGUCCUGCCACGCCCUGCCCUCUCGAGUCAAGAUCUCCAUUCAGGUACACAACGCACUUCCAGAGACGUCAAACCCCAACCAAUCAAAGUUAUUAUCACAGACACGUGUGCACAAGAUGGGGCCAAAGGUAGAGAGAUAGACUUGGAUCCUGAUAAUCCUCUGGUGUUGACGCAUCAAAUACGUCUGGUGCCGGGGUCAGGACAGGGCUGUGGUCAAUCUGAGGUGGACAUUGUAGCCAUGCGUGAACGCAUUGAAAGACUAGAAAAGGAGCUGUCUGAUCUGAGGGAGAAAUGUGGAAGUCCGGAGGGCUGUUGCAAGUCGCAACAAAGCAAAGGUGCAGUGUGUACUACGGAACGACCAACCACGGACGAGUGUCCAGAUGACUGCAAUGACCAGGGUCGCUGUGUAGACGGGAAGUGUGUGUGUUUCCCAGGAUUCAGUGGGCCAGACUGCGGCAUUGCUGAAUGCCCAGAUGACUGUAACAACUUUGGCAAAUGUGUGAACGGACAGUGUGUCUGUGACCCAGGCUUCAGCGGUCCGGACUGCUCCACCAGCAAGUGUCCUGAUAACUGCAGUGACAAAGGACGCUGUGUUAAUGGCAGAUGUGUGUGCAACCCUGGGUUUACAGGGCCCAGCUGCCAGACACAGAGCUGUCCGGAAAACUGUAAUAACCACGGCCGAUGUGUGAAGAGCAGAUGUGUGUGUGAUGCAGGAUUUACCGGCCCUGAUUGUUCGGAGACAUCUUGCCCAGAGAAUUGUAAUAACAGGGGACGCUGUGUGAAUGGACAGUGUGUCUGUAAUCCUGGCUUCACUGGGCCAGAUUGCUCAAUCAAAGCUUGUCCAGAGAACUGCAGCAACCACGGACGGUGCGUACAAGGCAAGUGCAUCUGUGAGAGUGGCUUUACAGGCCCAGACUGUUCAUCUGCAUCCUGUCCUGGGAAUUGCAAUAACCACGGCCGAUGUGUGAAGAGCAGAUGUGUGUGUGAUGAAGGAUUUACCGGCCUUGAUUGUUCGGAGACAUCUUGCCCAGAGAACUGUAAUAAGAGGGGACGCUGUGUGAAUGGACAGUGUGUCUGUAAUCCUGGCUUCACGGGGCCAGAUUGCUCCAUCAAAGCUUGUCCAGAGAACUGCAGCAACCGCGGCCGGUGCGUACAAGGCAAGUGCGUCUGUGAGACUGGCUUUACAGGCCCAGAUUGUUCAUCUGUCUCCUGUCCUGGGAAUUGCAAUAACCACGGUCGAUGUGUGAAGAGCAGAUGUGUGUGUGAUGCAGGUUUUACCGGCACCGAUUGUUCGGAGACAUCUUGCCCGGAGAACUGUAAAAAGAGGGGACGCUGUGUGAAUGGACAGUGUGUCUGUAAUACUGGCUUCACAGGGCUGGAUUGCUCUGUCAAAGCUUGUCCAGAGAACUGCAGCAACCACGGCCGGUGCGUACAAGGCAAGUGCGUCUGUGAGAGUGGCUUUACAGGCGCCGACUGUUCAUCUGCGUCCUGUCCUGGGAAUUGCAAUAACCAUGGCCGAUGUGUGAAGAGCAGAUGUGUGUGUGAUGCAGGAUUUACCGGCCCUGAUUGUUCUGAGACAUCUUGCCCAGAGAAUUGUAAUAACAGGGGACGCUGUGUGAAUGGACAGUGUGUCUGUAAUCCUGGCUUCACGGGGCCAGAUUGCUCCAUCAAAGCUUGUCCAGAGAACUGCAGCAACCACGGACGGUGCGAACAAGGCAAGUGCGUCUGUGAGAGUGGCUUUACAGGCGCAGACUGUUCAUCUGCGUCCUGUCCUGGGAAUUGCAAUAACCAUGGCCGAUGUGUGAAGAGCAGAUGUGUGUGUGAUGCAGGAUUUACCGGCCCUGAUUGUUCUGAGACAUCUUGCCCAGAGAAUUGUAAUAACAGGGGACGCUGUGUGAAUGGACAGUGUGUCUGUAAUCCUGGCUUCACGGGGCCAGAUUGCUCCAUCAAAGCUUGUCCAGAGAACUGCAGCAACCACGGACGGUGCGAACAAGGCAAGUGCGUCUGUGAGACUGGCUUUACAGGGCCAGACUGUUCAUCUGCGUCUUGUCCUGGGAAUUGCAAUAACCAGGGCAGAUGUGUUAACGGACGUUGCGUGUGUGAGAGUGGUUUUACUGGCCAGGACUGUUCUUCCAAGGCUUGUCCCAGUAACUGCAAUGAUAAAGGCAGAUGUGUUAAUGGUAAAUGUGUCUGCGACGUGGGCUUCGCUGGUCAGGACUGCUCUGCCAAAACCUGCCCCAACAACUGCAGUAACAGAGGACGCUGUAUGAAGGGCAAGUGUAUUUGUCGUCGUGGUUUUACAGGGUCAAGCUGCAGUGAGUGUGAGUCCGGACUCACAGGAGACAACUGCGACAUCGCACUCCUCGGUGUCUCACAUCUCAGGACCAGAGAAAUCACUGAAUCAUCCGUCAGUUUGUUCUGGACACAACCAGCAGUUCAGUACGACACCUACCACAUAACCUUCACAAGCAUGAAAGAAUCUAAUCAAAAAAUAAGCUCUAAGAUCAGUGGACUAUCGACCACAUACAUUCAGACUGGACUAGCCGCAGGACAGGAGUACACGGUCUCCUUAACCGGAGAGAAAGAGGGUAUGAUGGGAGCAGAAACCACAGCGAAAUUUUACACAUUGAUCUCUGGCCCCAAAGACUUGCAGGUUGUGAAGACAACCACCAGAUCAGUUGUUGUCAAAUGGGAAAAAGCACAGGGAGAGAUUGACAGGUAUGUCCUCUCCGUUACUCCAAAUAAGACUUCAGACAGACUUCCAGAGGUGCCCAGAGACUACCUGCCCCCGGAGAGAGACUCGGCCCAAAUUGAUGGCUUGGAACCGGGUAACUUAUAUGACAUCUCAUUAGUGGCUGAAAAAGAUAGCAUCCGGAGCCUCCCAGCAAGUGUACAGGCGACUCCUGGCAACACCUCAAAGCCUGCAGACAGGAUGACUAUGGGGACUGUGACCAUGCUGGAAGAUGCGGAUGCUGGAAACAACGAAAGAAAAAAACCAAUGCUAAAUCACAAAAAUAAUCAGGGAUCACAAGUAACGGCUGAAAAUCCAGAAAGGAAAGCCAAUAUUACCAAUCUAAAACCAGGCAUUCUGCUUGGACCUAGACAAAGAAGACCAUUACCCUUAGGAAAAUAUAGGACAUUACCAAAACCUGGUAUACGCCCUGGCUUCAUAAGAACACAUUUAAAUUCUACCAGGAUAGGGCUGGGAGGAAGACAAGGGGUUGUGCCUUCUUUAAACAAAUCUGUAAUAUGGUAUCCAGUGAGACCACAGAGCUCAGUUGUAGACUUAACCCAUCCCAUUUCUGGUACUAAACCAAUAUCACUGAUGGCAAAAGAAACACGACGUGAUAAGGAAACGCAUUUUAGAAAGGAAUCAGAUGAGAGAAUUGGAGAAGCCCCUACAAGCCCCACAUCUCUGAAACCCAAAGCCACAUCAUUCACCACGCCACAGACUUUCACCAACUCAACAGAAGAGCCAACAGUCACAACAGAGAAAAACCUUACAGUCUAUAUAAAUGGGACAAAAUGUGUAAGAAAGGUUUUGAUUGGUUACAGGAAGAUACAUGGAAACACAACAUCUGAAGGAAAAAACCUAACUGUUAUAGUUGGCCACGUAAAUGGAAAUGAUCUUUUACACAGACUUCUUACAGGUGGGUCUAUAGUUGGUGAUCGGGCGGUUAAAGGGCUGGAUGAGUCUCAACCAACAGCUGAGACUUCUGAGGCCAGAAGGAGUGUGAAAGAGAAAGCAGGACAGAAAGACAUUGAAGCUGAUGAAGAAGAAGAGAUUGCAGGUGUAAUAAAUACCAGCCUUUCUUCAGCAAGACAAGCUGAAACAACCCGUUAUCCCAUCCUCACAACCACAUCUCUUCCACACCUUCCUACAUCACCUUAUUUAACACAACCGAAAAGAAAGAACGAAUAUGAAUUAAACGUUUUGGCAGAAAGACCACCCGGGAAAAAGACAUUAUCCAUCCCUAGACAGCCAUCUCGGGCACAGCCCCUGGGUCCAGCUUCCACUGCAUUAGAGGGAAGACCUUUUAAAUCAACUUCUUCAUUUGUGGAAACACAGAAAGAAAAGCGUCCAUCUUUGCCUAGUCCAGUUGCCUCUGGGGUUUCAAAGGAAGCUCUUGUAGAAAAGGAGCAAGGAUCCCAAGCUUCAACUCCUAAAUCUGUUCAGAACUCACCAAGUGAAAGUUCUUCAUUGAGUCUUAGAGCUCCCAUUAAAAAAAGCACUGAAAAGUCAAACGAAGGACCCGAUAGAGAUGGUCUGAUGCCAUUCCAACGCAAGCCAUUUAGGGACUCCCUUUCUCGUCGUCCUUUUGUCAGUACAUUUCAGAACCGCUCAAGACAAAUUCUAUCACCACCUCAGUAUCCCUCCCGAGGUUCCAUAAGGCGACCUUUGAUCCGAAACAACAGAACCAUCAGUUCUAUUCAACAAGUAAAACCUGCCAUCAUCACUGAAAAACAAAAUAGUACUAGUAUUCAGAUUAGACCAAACACAAUACUUAACAGGAGCAAUGGAACAGCUAAUAGACUGGCAGCCAACAGAAUGUCUCAAUUUAAACACAGUGGCACCACUCAAAUAGCUCCAAACAUUAGUGAGGAUGGUAGAGGAAACGCUGAUAUUUCUUUUUCCACAGACCAUUUACCGGAAAAUGAAAAUAAGCCUCAUGAAUAUAAGUUGAAUGAAACAAGUGACUCCAUUGAGCAUGUGAGGGUCAAUAAUGUAACAUCAAAUGGGUUUGUGUUAAAAUGGGGAGCACCAAAAGGAAAGUUUGAACAAUUCAUAAUCACUCAUACUAAGCUUGGAGAACAAAACAAAGAAGAGCAUGUCGAGGAAGAAGAGAGUAAGGAACCGAGUCAUGUCAUAGAAAGUGGAGCUAACAUUAAGAAAUUAACAGCAGUUCUCCCCGGAUCAGCCCGCUUGUUUCACAUGAUAAAUCUCAAACCACAGACCAGAUACUCUCUGUCCAUUUUUGGAAAGGGACCUGCAAUUCACUCCAAAACUCACAACCUCACCGUACGUACAGGUCCUGAGCCUCCAUCUAAUCUUGCAUUCAGUGAUGUGACCGACAGCUCUUUCACUGUGUCCUGGACGAAACCAAAGAGCAAGUUAUCUGGAUUUAAGAUCACUUACACUCACGUCGAGGAAGGUGAGCCGAUCUCAGUUAGUGUGGACUCAGAAACGGUCAAUCAGACUCUUUCACCUUUGUCACCUGGCUCCACCUAUGAGGUGCGUGUGAUGUCAGUGCUGGGACAAGAUGAGAGUGAUUCAAUAAAGGACACUGUAACCACUUUGCCUGACCCACCAACAGACUUGAGGGCCAUUAACAUUACAGACAGCAAAGCCCUGUUGCUGUGGAGACCUGCCCUGGCAACCAUCGAUCAUUAUAUCAUCAUGUAUAGUUCUGAGACAGCUCCUAGGUCUGGAAUAACCAUCAAAGUAUCUGGCAAUGCUGCAGAACAACAGUUGGAGGCCCUGCAAGCUUCCAGCGAGUACAGAGUGACCCUUAAAAGCCAGAUGAGAGACCUGAGCAGCUCUGAAGCCACCACCGUCUUUACAACAUCAAGUGGUACACCUGCUGGUAACCAAGCGGACGGUCCUCAGGAUCUGAAAGCCAGUCAGGUGAAACCUCGUUCUGCAGUGUUGUCAUGGAAACCACCAAAUUCCGCCGUUACCAGUUACAAACUAAGCUAUUACACAAAUGGCCAGGACAUUAAGGAAGUGAUUCUUGACCCUACUAUCAAAGAGUACAAGUUAAGCCGAUUAUACCCAAUGUCGAAGUAUACAGCUCUUCUACAGGUGGAGAGGGGUGGUCUGUACAUGACCGCCAUCUCUACAGAGUUUACCACUGGGAAUCUCCGCUUCCCGUUUCCCACUGAUUGUUCCCAGGAACGGCAGAAUGGUGAGCUGCAGUCUGGCAUGGUGGAGGUGUUUCCUCAAGGGAAGCAGGGAAACCCAAUGAUGGUUUACUGUGACAUGGAGACCGACGGAGGAGGGUGGACGGUCUUUCAGAGGAGAAAGAAUGGAAAAACAGACUUUUAUCAAAACUGGCGUAAUUACACUAUUGGAUUUGGAAAACUGGAUGAGGAAUUCUGGCUUGGAAAUGACCAUCUUCAUAACUUCACUGUAAUGAGCCCAACAAUGCUGAGAGUGGACCUUAAAGCAGGAGACAAGUCUGUUUAUGCUCAGUAUUCCUCUUUCUCGGUGGACAGCCGGAAAAACAGCUACGCCAUCAAAAUAUCUGGGUACAGUGGCACAGCCGGUGAUUCAUUGUCAUACCAUGACGGAUGCUCCUUUUCCACCUGGGACAGAGACCUUCAGGCUAUUAUCACUCGCUGCGCCAUGUCUUACAGAGGGGGCUGGUGGUAUAGAAACUGUCAUGAGUCCAACCUCAAUGGUGUUUAUGACACAAUCACCAACCACCAGGGAGUGAUUUGGACUGAUUGGAAAGGCAAAGACUUCUCUAUUCCCUUCACUGAGAUGAAAUUCCGGCCAGCUUCAUUCAAGCCCUGAUUUCCAGGAUAAACGGAACAAAUAAAUGAGAAAAGGACACUUCAUUAAUGCCCAAAAUCAUACACAAUAUACAAACUACAUCACAAAACAAACACUCAUGCAACACACCCCCAAAACAAAUGUCUUUUAUGCACAUAUAACCACAAAGAUAUAAGCUAAAAUAAAAUAUCUAAGGGCCAUAAAAUCCAUUUAUCUACAGCACUUAUAAUAUAUUGUACAGUCUAUAGGUUCUCGGUUGUCUGUGCUGUCAGCUAUAGAAAAUAUUAUGCACUGUCUCCUUCACUAUAGGAAGUUUUAGAUCGGAUGUCACAUAUAUCAAAAUUCAUAUAUAGUGUUUCUAUGAUGUAUGCACUGUAUUUCAGAGUCAAAUUUCAUUCAAUAAAAAGCUGAAUGUG